AUGUCCGCUAAUAAGAAGUCUUAUUCUUACAAUCGUGAAUAUUUAUUCCAACGCCAAUGGAAUUUACAAUCACGACGAGAUCGACGAAAAAUUGAAUAUGAACGGAUUGAAAAGGAAAAUCUGAAAUUCAGUGAGAAACUAAUCAAUGCAAAAGCAUUUCUGAAUCGUCACGAACAGGAAAUCUUCUUCCAAAAGCACUGCGAACUCAAACAACGUUUACAACGUUAUCCAACAAUUCAUCAACUCAAAAUUCCUAAGAAAUCCCGCGAAUCGUCGUUCCUGAUCUACAAUGAUCCUUUGAUAUCUCAAACGAAACUGCAAUGGCAACACUUCAAAACACUUCCUUCGAUCAAAAAGACCUAA